UUGGGCAGCAAAGGGGACGCGAGAGGCGCGUGUGCCGCGGCUGCGCGGCCGGUGACAGGAGUUUGCUGUAAAAUGGAACUUGUGAUUGUACUCACUGGCCUGUGGCUGUUCUCGUCAGUAAAGGCAGAUUCAAAAGCUGUUACAACCUCUCUUACAACAAAAUGGUUUUCCACCCCAUUGUUGUUAGAAACCAGUGAGUUUUUAGCAGAAGACAGUCAAGAGAAAUUUUGGACUUUUGUAGAAGCCAGUCAAAAUAUUGGAUCAUCAGAUCAUCACGGUACUGAUUAUUCCUAUUAUCAUGCAAUAUUGGAAGCUGCAUUUCAGUUUCUGUCACCUCUACAGCAAAAUUUGCUGAAAUUUUGUUUGUCUCUUCGUUCCUACUCGGCAACAAUUCAAGCCUUCCAGCAGAUAGCAGCUGAUGAACCUCCACCAGAAGGAUGUAAAUCAUUUUUUUCAGUGCAUGGAAAGAAGACUUGUGAUUUUGAUACUCUUGAGACUCUUCUACUAACAGCGUCUGAAAGACCCAAACCUUUAUUGUUUAAAGGAGAUCACAGAUAUCCUUCAUCUAAUCCUGAAAGCCCGGUGGUGAUUUUCUACUCUGAGAUUGGCUAUGAGGAAUUUUAUAAUUUCCACCGCCAACUUAUGUCAAAAAGCAAUGCAGGGAAAAUCACUUAUGUAUUCAGACAUUAUGUAUCUAACCCCAGGAAGGAGCCCGUUUACCUCUCUGGCUAUGGUGUGGAAUUGGCCAUUAAGAGCACUGAGUACAAGGCCAAGGAUGAUACUCAGGUGAAAGGAACUGAGGUAAACACCACAGUGAUUGGUGAAAAUGAUCCUAUUGAUGAAGUUCAAGGAUUCCUCUUUGGAAAAUUAAGAGACCUGCACCCCGACCUGAAGGGACAGCUGAAGGAACUCAGAAAGCACCUUGUGGAGAGCACCAAUGAAAUGGCACCUUUGAAAGUUUGGCAGUUGCAAGAUCUAAGUUUUCAGACGGCUGCUCGAAUCUUGUCUGCUCCUGUUGAGUUGGCUUUGGUGGUUAUGAAGGAUCUUAGUCAAAAUUUUCCUACUAAAGCCAGAGCAAUAACAAAAACAGCUGUGAGUUCAGAACUUAGAACUGAAGUGGAAGAGAAUCAGAAGUAUUUCAAGGGAACUUUAGGCUUACAGCCUGGAGAUUCAGCUCUCUUCAUCAAUGGACUUCACAUUGAUUUAGAUACACAGGAUAUAUUCAGUCUCUUUGAUGUGUUGAGAAGUGAAGCUCGGGUAAUGGAGGGUCUGCAUAGGUUGGGAAUAGAAGGCCUUUCUCUGCAUAAUGUUUUGAAGCUGAACAUCCAGCCGUCUGAGGCCGACUAUGCGGUAGACAUCAGGAGUCCUGCUAUUUCAUGGGUCAACAACCUGGAGGUUGACAACAGAUAUAAUUCGUGGCCUUCUAGUCUACAGGAGUUGCUUCGACCCACCUUUCCUGGUGUUAUCCGGCAGAUCAGGAAAAACUUACAUAACAUGGUUUUCAAAGUUGAUCCUGCACAUGAGACCACAGCAGAGUUGAUUAACACAGCUGAGAUGUUCCUCAGCAAUCAUAUACCACUAAGAAUUGGUUUUAUCUUUGUGGUUAAUGACUCUGAAGAUGUUGAUGGGAUGCAAGAUGCUGGAGUGGCUGUUCUUAGAGCGUAUAAUUAUGUUGCCCAAGAAGUGGAUGAUUAUCAUGCCUUCCAAGUUCUGACGCAUAUCUAUAACAAGGUGAGAACCGGAGAAAAAGUGAAAGUUGAACAUGUGGUCAGUGUCCUGGAGAAGAAAUAUCCAUAUGUAGAAGUGAAUAGCAUUUUGGGGAUUGAUUCUGCUUACGACCAAAAUCGGAAGGUAAACAAUUCUUUGGGUGAACUGUCCCAUGAUCAAGAUGUGGUAGAGUAUAUCAUGAAUCAGCCAAAUGUUGUUCCACGAAUCAAUUCUAGGAUUUUGACAGCUGAGCGAGAGUACCUGGAUUUAACAGCAAGUAAUAACUUCUUUGUGGAUGAUUAUGCUAGAUUUACUGUCUUGGAUUCCCAAGGCAAGACUGCUGCUAUAGCCAACAGUAUGAACUAUCUGACAAAGAAAGGAAUGUCCUCCAAGGAAAUCUAUGAUGAUUCUUUUAUUAGGCCAGUAACUUUUUGGAUUGUUGGGGAUUUUGAUAGCCCUUCUGGACGGCAGUUAUUGUAUGAUGCUAUUAAACAUCAGAAAUCCAGUAACAAUGUUAGAAUAAGCGUGAUCAAUAAUCCUAGUGAAGAGAUAAGCUAUGAAAACACUCGGAUCUCCAGAGCAAUCUGGGCAGCUCUCCAAACGCAGACCUCCAACUCUGCCAAGAACUUCAUCACCAAAAUGGCCAAGGAGGAGGCUGCAGAGGCCCUGGCUGCAGGAGCUGACAUCGCAGAGUUCUCUGUCGGGGGCAUGGAUUUCAGUCUUUUUAAAGAGGUCUUUGAGUCUUCCAAAAUGGAUUUCAUUUUGUCUCACGCCGUGUACUGCAGGGAUGUUCUGAAGCUGAAGAAGGGACAGAGGGCUGUGAUCAGCAACGGCAGGAUCAUUGGGCCACUGGAGGGUGGUGAGCUCUUUAACCAAGAUGAUUUCCACCUCCUAGAAAACAUCAUCUUAAAAACUUCAGGACAGAAAAUAAAAUCUCAUAUUCAACAGCUUCGGGUAGAAGAAGAUGUGGCAAGUGACUUGGUAAUGAAGGUGGAUGCUCUCCUGUCAGCUCAACCAAAAGGAGAUGCAAGAAUUGAGUACCAGUUUUUUGAAGACAGACACAGUGCAGUUAAACUGAAGCCAAAGGAAGGGGAGACAUACUUUGACGUGGUGGCUGUCGUUGAUCCUGUCACCAGAGAAGCCCAGAGGCUUGCCCCGUUGCUCUUGGUUUUGGCUCAGCUGAUAAACAUGAAUCUGAGAGUAUUUAUGAACUGCCAGUCUAAACUUUCCGACAUGCCUUUAAAAAGCUUUUACCGUUAUGUCUUAGAACCAGAGAUUUCUUUUACUUCAGACAGUAGCUUUGCUAAGGGCCCAAUAGCAAAAUUUUUGGAUAUGCCUCAGUCUCCACUGUUUACUCUGAAUUUGAACACACCUGAGAGUUGGAUGGUAGAAUCUGUGAGAACGCCAUAUGAUCUUGAUAAUAUUUAUUUAGAAGAGGUGGACAGCAUAGUGGCUGCUGAGUAUGAGCUGGAGUACCUGUUACUGGAAGGUCAUUGCUAUGACAUCACCACAGGCCAACCCCCCCGAGGACUACAGUUUACCUUAGGAACUUCAACCAACCCCGUCAUCGUGGAUACCAUUGUUAUGGCCAAUCUGGGCUACUUUCAGCUAAAAGCCAACCCAGGAGCUUGGAUUCUCAGACUCAGGAAGGGACGCUCUGAAGAUAUUUAUAGAAUCUACAGCCACGAUGGUACAGAUUCUCCUCCUGAUGCUGAUGAGGUUGUUAUUGUCCUCAACAACUUCAAAAGCAAAAUUAUUAAAGUGAAGGUUCAGAAGAAGGCAGACAUGGUGAAUGAAGACUUGCUGAGUGAUGGAACAAAUGAGAAUGAGUCUGGAUUCUGGGACUCCUUCAAAUGGGGCUUUACAGGAGGACAGAAGACUGAGGAAGUGAAACAAGAUAAAGAUGACAUAAUUAAUAUUUUCUCUGUUGCAUCUGGUCAUCUGUAUGAAAGAUUUCUUCGCAUAAUGAUGCUAUCAGUGCUGAAGAAUACCAAGACUCCUGUGAAAUUCUGGUUCUUGAAGAAUUAUUUGUCCCCCACAUUUAAGGAGUUUAUACCUUACAUGGCAAAUGAAUACAAUUUCCAGUAUGAGCUUGUUCAGUACAAAUGGCCCCGGUGGCUUCAUCAGCAAACUGAAAAACAGCGCAUCAUCUGGGGUUACAAGAUCCUCUUCCUGGAUGUACUGUUUCCACUAGUUGUUGACAAAUUCUUAUUUGUGGAUGCUGAUCAGAUUGUACGAACAGAUCUGAAAGAGUUAAGAGAUUUCAAUUUGGAUGGUGCCCCUUAUGGCUAUACUCCUUUCUGUGACAGCCGAAGAGAAAUGGAUGGCUACAGGUUCUGGAAGUCAGGGUACUGGGCCAGCCAUUUAGCUGGGCGAAAGUAUCAUAUCAGUGCACUGUAUGUCGUGGAUCUGAAGAAAUUUAGGAAAAUAGCUGCUGGUGACAGACUCAGGGGACAGUACCAAGGUCUGAGUCAGGAUCCUAACAGCCUUUCAAAUCUUGAUCAAGAUUUACCCAAUAACAUGAUUCAUCAGGUGCCAAUCAAAUCCCUCCCUCAAGAAUGGCUUUGGUGUGAAACGUGGUGUGAUGAUGCUUCUAAGAAAAGGGCAAAAACCAUUGACUUGUGUAAUAAUCCAAUGACCAAAGAGCCCAAGCUGGAAGCAGCUGUACGAAUCGUCCCCGAGUGGCAGGACUAUGAUCAGGAGAUCAAGCAGCUGCAGACCCGUUUCCAGCAGGAGAAAGAAGGGGGAGCACGCCCUGAGGAGCAGACAGAAGCGCCGAGCCGAGCAGGACCUCAGAAACGUGAAGAAUUAUGAUCUCUGGAGGAGGAUAGGAAAUUACACCAUUUGAAAAACAAUUUUUAUACUAAAUGCUAGUUUUUUCUGAUCUGUCUGUACAACUGCUGAUAAACUGGCUGGGCAGGUGUGCCACACCUUUUGAUUCUGAGAUUUGAUCUACACAUUGGUUGGCGCUGGAUCUUUGGGGUGAAGGUUCUGUUGGAUUUGUACCUCAGAGGAAGACAAGAGGCUGAUCUUUUGGGACUCUGUAAAGAGCAGUCUUCUAACCAGAGCAGGAAAUGGCAGCAGCAACUGGAAGAAAAUGAGUCCUCUGGUGCCCACACCUAGAGCACACACAUGCUGCAUUGUGACAGGAAGCAGGCCAGCCAGCGCUGCCAUGUUCUUCUUUACCUCAGUUUACCUGCAGCCCAUGCUGCACUGCAGAUGCCCACCCUGCACUGGGCCAGGCUGGCAGAAGCUUUGUCCAAGGUCCAUGCCCCUCAAGGUUUACGCCAACGUGCUUGUGCCUCCCUGCCUUCUCUUCCCAAGUGUUAGGUGGAAUUGUUUAAUGGAAACCCAACCAAUUGGGUGUCUCCAGGGCUGGCUCGGUGCAGUGGCUAAGCAGACUAAUUGGGGCCAGAAUGGGGUGGGUUGGGAUGAGAGUAGGGCGAGUAUCAGGAGUAGGAGGGCUCUGGGGUAUUGGGGGAAGGGAGGAAGACCAGAAAUUGGCCAUUCUCUUUUAUAAACCAUUAGUACCAUCGUGGCUAUUUGAGAAGAAAACAUUACUCCCCCACCCAACCCUAGUGAACUUUCUAGGUAAUUGUUGUGUAAACAAUUUUUGUAUUUGUCGAAGUCUUUGCUUUUCUUCCCACUUUCUAAAAAAAUGUCUGUUAUCAAUUUCCUUACUGGAUACAGCCAUUCUAAGCCCCUCUAGUGAUCAUCUCAGAGGGCUCAGGGCUCCCUCCAGACGAUCACUGCAUCAUGUGUCCUCUCUCGUGUGGGAUUUUCUCUCAGACCCAGGGGACUGAUGGAUUGGACCUUUCUCUACAAAAUGCUCCCAGAUCUAAGACCAGGAAAGAUUCUGACUGUGGAACUUGUGCUUUCCUAUACACUGUUCUAUAUUCCCUUUUCUUCAGCACUGUGGGUUGCUUUUGGUACCCACGCUGGUUGCCCUUGAAUCCUUGUGUUGUGUGUCUUCACUUAGACAGCCCAGCAAUUGUCCCUUGGAGAGCAGCAUUUGCCAGCGAAUGGCUGUCGAGGCUUUGGGUGUGGGGUUGGCCUGAGCGGGCAGGAGGCUCCAGUGUCCGGGCUCCAUCCCUGCCCGGCUGCCGGCACAGCAGCACCUGAUGGGCGUGCACCUGCCUUCCAAGGCACCCAGGCCUUUUCUUUCAUAGUUUGCCUGCUUUUAAAAAAUAGGAGGCCAGGGUGCAGAUGGAUAGCUAAGCCCUCACCCUUCUAAGCCGGGUAAUAUUUGAUGUGCAGUCUUUUUUAAAAAUCAUAUUCUUAUCACAAGUAUCAAGUAAUUUGUUUUUCCCAUUUUCAAAUGCAAAAGUUAGCUUAGGAAAUGCAAAUGUUAGCCAGUCAUUCUGAAGGAUAUUUUGACUUUGCUUUCAUAAUUCCAUUAAAAAUUGGGGAGGAGAGAGCUUAAAAGAGAAUUAGGUAAACUGAACUGAGACUGAAUGUCCCUCAGAAUGGCUGCUGUUGACAAAGGCUGUAGCAUGAUUUCCUUCCUUCGUGCCCUCACCUGGCCAGAGCAGCUGAAGAGAUAGGGUCAGUGAGAUUAAAAAACAUUGGUUCAAGCUUCAUCUUUACAUUUAAUUAAGCCUUCAGAGAGGCGGCUGCCGCUGCUGCUUUCUACAACCAUGGACAAAAAAUGUGCAUUUUCCCAGUUUAUUGUCUGGGAAGUUGAACAGGAAAUACUCCAGUCACUAGGGUAUGCUUUGUGAUUCUGGUUCCCAUGAGGCGUGGACCGGGCCACCUUUCUCUGUGUCUUCCUGCCAGUCUCUUACGCAUUCAUGGGAGGUGCAGAGCGCGCUGGGCUCUCCGUGUGGUGUGUGUGCUCUCCUGUCACUUGUUGCCCCCACCCGCCACCACUCUGAAGUCAGAGUUGACUCUGAGUAAGGCGAGACCCAGCUUGCUUCUGAAACGGUCCAGGGCCCUCCUUCUGCCAGUCUCUUUUUUUUGGUUCAUAUGGCAUAAUCACCUUCAAAAUUAACCGAAUCCCUAGGAAAUGAUGUUACUGCUAAAAUGUGGCCUCUGUCAGCUGUGUCUGUUCCCUGUCCCCUGAGACUGCAUACUGUGACUGAAAAGGCGGGUGAGAGAGAUUUUCUCCAAGAAGCAAGAAUUUAUGUCGAGUGUUCGAGCUUCUGGAAACUGUUCAUGGUGUGUUGUUCUUAGCCAUCAUUUUUAUAUAGUGGAUUUUUUGUUUUUACUGUCAAUCAUGCUGUAGUGGAAAAUUUUCUGUCUGAGUAAGUGGCGGAGUAAUAUGAAAAUGUGCUCUGUCAGAGUGACAUGCAGCAACAGGAGCCUGUUUCUAUGUUCUGUGAACAGUGACAUUUGAUUGACAUCAAAGCAUGUCACAGCCUGCUGCUGGGGCUGUGGGGGCAUGCCAUGGCUCGGGUACUGAAUGCUCACCACUUGAAGGGCGAUGGCAUGUUAGUUUUCCAUAAGAAUGAUAAAGUUGUGAAUCUGUCAAAAUGCUGCAUUUCGAAUUGAACAUACAGAUGUUUGCAUGUCUACUAAGUGCACAAGCAUCAUGGUGAACCUAACUCUUGGGAGAGCAUAGAUUACAUAGAUUAUGUGUAUUAAGAAACAGUUUCCACGAGUGGAGCUUAAUUUACUCUGCUGUCCUGAAGCCCUCAUGUUCAGAACCGUGUCACAGCUCUGCCUGAGCUUUGACCUGGUUGUGGGUGCAGUCUCUGAGUAGAGGGCUGGGAGCUGCGGUUGGUAGUGCAGCUUUUGGAAGAAACUGGCCCGCGUGAUGCGGAGGAAAGAUAUCCAUAGUUUCCUUCAGCCAGGAAUCAUAGUUUAUUGACCUCAUAAUUUGAAACAGGUCAUGCACAACCUCUCAUACCAAUGAGUUUAAAAUGGCUCUGUUUCUCCCCGCCUCCCCUGUGAGUAAAUUCAGAUACUUGAAAGCAAUCCUUUUCUAAAACUGCCAUGCCUAUUUUCGCCUGAAUGAUUAAAAGAAAUAAUUCAACUCAAGAGUUAACAUGGACCCAAAAAAGUUAUUAAUUCAUGUUUUCUCUGCCUUGAUGUAGUGAGGGAAAGGUCUUAAUCAGGACCUUGGUAAUUACCUGAUUGAAUUUAAACAAAUUAAACAUUAACUCAGGUGGUUAUCGAUAUUUCAGAGCAUCUGGAGGAUACACAUUUCUCACUCACUUUGGUCUUUCAGUUCUCCAUACAGAAGCAACACUCCUGGUGGCAGUAGUGGCAGUGAGUCAGCGAGUUGCGUGGAGGCUCUUGCUCCGCAGGGUGUUGAGUACUGACAAUUUAUAAAAACAAACCACAAAAUCAGCUUCAAGAGCCUGCAUGCACCCUGGAAGUAGUCCAUAAAGUCCAAACUCCAUGGCAAUGAUUUUGCAAGCAAGAGGUCCUUUCUUGAGUCUUUCCCUACACCCAGCAGCGCAGAGGCCAAAUGAGGAAGGUUUGCUGGGACAGAGUCGGUGUCUGGAGCUGAGGCCCCCGUCCCACCGGUAUUGUAUGCAUUGCCUUAUUGUUGAUUUUCAAAGAGAUGAGCAUGAUGCCUCUUAACAACAACAAGCAAAAUAUGUUAACCUGACGUUGACAAUUUGAGAACAAAAGGUUAUCAAGCACCAUGUUUUCCAACCAGUUAUCCAUAGAAAUAACAAAGUAAACAUGGAAAAAUGGAGAAAAUGUUAGACUUUUUAAAGAAACUAUAUACUUUAAAAAAAUCUCCUUUAUGAAUAUCCAGUUUUACUGUAAUCCUGUUCCAUUAAAUGCAACAUAGUGUUCAGGUGCUGCCCCUUGCUUGGGAACAGCAUUGGGGUCUUAAAUGUCUGCAGAAUCUCUGCAUCUGAAGGGAAUUGAGAAUGAAUUUCCUGGUACUGUAAUGAAAAUAAGGUCUGCUCAACACA